AACAGAUCCGCUGAAUCCACUUCCAGAAUUCAUUUGAUCUUGAUACGCUUCUGCCGGGCAGGCGCAGCAAGGUACAUCGGUCAGACGCCUCGUCUCCCCAUUCUGUUGGAAGGGUGCCCACCACAGGUCACAUGACCUGGAAGAAAAGACCUGGGAGACUUUUGGGAUCCCUCAUCGCAUGGGCUGGUUAUCAACCUGAAGGGAAGUCCAAAGGCUGAUGAACUGAUCUGCGUGCAACCAUUUAGCUGUGGUGUCCUGUAUGCCCGGGGAACACAACGGCCACCGCAAAUCUGGUGACUGACUGGCUGGAAGACCGCCCUUCCCCUUCUCCUUCUGAGGACAUCCCCUUCCACGACGGUGCUUUGGUCUCUCUUCCACUCAGCAUGGAGCCCAAAGUCCAGUCAGAGGGUGGCCUCAAUGUCACCCUUACCAUCCGCCUCCUCAUGCAUGGAAAAGAAGUUGGAAGUAUAAUAGGAAAGAAAGGGGAAACGGUAAAAAAGAUGCGAGAAGAGAGCGGAGCGCGGAUCAAUAUUUCUGAGGGCAACUGUCCAGAGAGGAUCGUUACCAUCACUGGACCAACAGACACCAUAUUCAAAGCUUUUGCGAUGAUUGCCUACAAAUUUGAGGAGGACAUAAUCAAUUCCAUGAGCAACAGCCCAGCAACCAGCAAGCCCCCUGUCACCUUAAGGCUUGUAGUGCCAGCCAGCCAGUGUGGCUCCCUCAUAGGCAAAGGAGGCUCCAAAAUAAAAGAAAUGAGAGAGUCCACAGGGGCCCAGGUUCAGGUGGCAGGGGACAUGCUGCCCAACUCCACAGAACGUGCAGUUACAAUCUCGGGAACCCCAGAAGCCAUCAUCCAGUGUGUCAAACAAAUCUGUGUGGUCAUGCUGGAGUCUCCACCAAAAGGUGCCACCAUCCCUUAUCGCCCAAAGCCCGCCUCCACGCCAGUCAUUUUUUCUGGUGGCCAGGCCUACACAAUUCAGGGACAGUAUGCCAUCCCACACCCAGAUCAGUUGACCAAGCUCCACCAGUUGGCUAUGCAGCAAACCCCCUUUACCCCUCUCGGACAGACCACCCCUGCUUUCCCUGGUUUGGAUGCCAGUCCACCAGCCAGCACCCAUGAACUCACCAUUCCUAAUGAUCUAAUAGGCUGCAUCAUUGGACGCCAGGGAACCAAAAUAAAUGAGAUUCGACAGAUGUCUGGAGCACAGAUAAAAAUUGCCAACGCCAUGGAGGGCUCGUCAGAGCGCCAGAUCACCAUCACAGGGACUCCUGCUAACAUCAGCCUGGCCCAGUAUCUCAUUAAUGCCAGGUUCAGGGACGUGGCUGCCAUGUGGAAUGACCCCUCAUCCAUGACUACAUCCUGAAGUCAUCCCCCCUCAAAAUCGGCUUCCGUUUGCAGAAGCUAACAUCUUCUCAAUUAACUUCUAUGUGUUAUUCCAUGGAACAUCCCCUAGACUUUCUUGGUUUGGCACACCACUUUAGCAUUAGCCUGUUGGAGACCUAUAGUAAAAGUCACACUAACAACAACUGGGAUUCGUUUUAAAUGGAUGUAGUUAGUGUAUCGUUAAGAAUAGUUUGACAUUUUGGGAUAUUCAUUUAUUAUUGUUUUUGCUUAGAGUUAGAUAAGAAAGAUAGAUACCACUUUCAUCUCUCAAAUACGAAGCUAGAUCCAGGAGAUGCCAAGGCUUAGUCUGGCUCUAUCCAGAGGUUAGAACAGCUGCAUACCAUGCACUCUGAAGCACACAUAUUAACAUGUUGUGGUAGUCUGGCAACCUCACUUUGAUGACAAGGCUCCAGCAUGUCCCUGCUCCGACACUGCUGGCCACAGAUCCCUCCAUAAAAAACACAACUUGCCAUUUUUACACACCAGUUUUUCUAUGAAUUGAAGCUUGGAAAUGUUAAUUUGUGAGUUUUAAGAGGUGCUUGUAGGCAGAUUCUGCUACAUUAAGACAGAGCCAGGCUAGCUGAUCUUCUCACUUUACUGCAAAAGAAAGGGACUAUAGCAGAUUUUCUAAAAUGUCAAACUAUUCCUUGAAGUAUUUAUUUAGCAUGCCUUGUUCCAAAAAUAAUACUGUAUUUCUUUUUGUCAUUACUAUAUCUGAUUUCGCCUAUUUGCUUAUUAAGUCAUAUUGUGUCAUUGUCUGCAAAUAGUAAAAAUAAUAAAAAGUGUAAAAUGAACAAAAAAGCAAAGAAAAAAAGACUAAACACAUGACUGCCACUUGAGCAAUGCUGUCAGAAAGAAGAGUGAUGUGAUGCCUCUGUCAGGGAAUCCAGCAGCUUCUACACAUUUCAUGACACCACCAUUUCUUUUCUGUCCACUGCAUGGCUUCAUGAGGGGGUUGGUACUGCAUUACUUUGUCACCAUAUUUUUUUGACGGUAAGACGUUUUAUGUAAAAAGGAACAAUGAAAUAUGGUAUCAAAUCUGUGUGAAAAAUAAAAUAACCGGUGCCAGCAAAAAUUGGAGCACAAAUCCAGCCACUUCAGCAUAACUUUCACUGUCAAGCAAAAAUCCUUCUUUCACAGCUGUUUUCUUUUCUCUGUCUGCCUCCCUGUACCUUCCCCUUCCCCUGCCCCCCUCCCCCUGCUCCCCUCCCCACACCCCUCCCCCCACCUUCCCUCAACUGUUCUAGGCUGACGUCUGAAGUCACUGGAAUGGGCACACUCUAGUUUCUACCCAUCUUCCCUCAGUGCAUCACAUGACCUUUGAGCGAAUGGCAUUGCACCUAGUAUAUAUUUAUUUCUCUGUAUGUGACUGUCCUGAUAUUUAAGUGACUUUAACGGUUAUGGUUUCUAGUAUUCACUUUAAACAUGCGUCUACACUGUUACUAGGAUUCUUCACACCCAUCCAAAACUCUGUUGCUUCUGUUUCUAAAAUAUCACUUUACAUUUUUGACACUCUGGUACCUUUCAUGGCAUGUCACGCACCACACCACUUUGUUUUAACACUGUGUCCAAAAUAAUUAUGUUCCCAUACAACAAAACUGUCUUCCCAAUUACAUUUUGGGGAAAGUUGGCCUGCCUGGUGGGAGAAGUUAGACUUUAGGACUUUCUGCCAGAAAGCCCUUUCUGACCGCCGCACACAACGCUCGCCGAUUUAAACACAUGGUUAACAUUGUGAAUUCAAACAAAACUUCUUGAUUAGGUUUAA